UAUCUUAUAUAGUUUUUGUUCUAGCUAGAAAAUAAGCAUGAAGGGUAUCGCUGCCACCGUUGUUUGUAUGCUUAUAGGCACGUCGUCGGCCUUUAACGAUAUAGUCAACAACACACUUAGCGUGGUCGACGCGCUGCUAGCCUUUAACAACACAAUCAACGACACUCAUAGCGUGGUAGACACAUCAGUUGUUUCAGCAGUGAUUAGACCGAUUAUGUGGGACGUUGCUCCGGAGUUGUACGAGUACCUUAAGCGUGGCGACAUCAGAAACGGCCCGUUGGAUUUGUUGGUGAAAAUGCAUGUCAACCUUACGUCUAUUAACUGGAUGAUCAAUCAAAAGGAUACCAGGCAGGUCAAGAGAGAACUUAUAGCAGAUUCCGUGGCGUCACAAGCAGGCUUGACUGAUUAUGCCACAGUGGUAUGGAUUGUAUCUUUGAAUGACAGCAAUAGAGGUUUCAGCGAGGCGCCAAUGGCUAUCCACACGCGCGGCAGUUACAUCUUAGACAAGAGAGGCACUUGUGGUGGGUGGUUAACGAAGAAGUACUAUCAGUUAAUCCUGAAGUUCCGGAACGGUAAACUAGAGGUAUGGUUACGAGAGAAUUAUUACGCAUUCACCGCCAUGGCCAUAUUGCUAUGGGCCAAUAUCGACACAAUAACAGACUUCAUCGCAGGUAAAGCUACGGGUGGCCUGAUUAAACAGCUAUGCAAUAGGGGAUCUGAUUAUACCACCAUCACUAAGACUGGCGCAACCAUUACAUAUGAGAUCGGCUGGGCACUUUAUACGACCAGUGAUAAUUGUGAUACCACUGCUAACGAGCGGGAGAUAUCUGAUUUAUCUAAGUGGGCUAUUCAGCAAGCAGAUCAGAUACACAUGUUGUCGUGGUGCCAGCGCUAUAAACACGGCGGUUCAUGGUGGGCUGACGUAAGAUUCAAACGCUGGGAAGAUGGUUACUGGUGUUCCCAGAACUUAUGGAGUAUCCCAUGCGAAAGCACCUAAUGUCAUACAGGUUGCUGUGUUUAUCCACGUGGGAUAAGAUCGCAGAGGUGUGCGAAUGCAGUAUGGUGUUAUAGACAGGUCAUAAUGGUGUAUAUAAAAUAAAAUAUGAAUAUAUAUAGGUCA